GAGACGAUCUUCUUUGCUCCGCACCACCACGACCCUUUCUUCCCCGCCUCCUCCUCGACUCGCCGUGCGUUGGCCUUGCUCUCGUCCUAUACCCGCGCUGACUCCUCACAGAUGCUUCCCCUCUCGCUCCUCCUCUCGCUCUCCCUGUCGCUCCCCCUGGUCCUUGCCCAGAGCUCCAGCCCCAGCCCGCGGCGGUCGUCCUCUCCGCCAGCCAGCAGCAGCACCCCGAUCGGGACUCCGUCCAACUCGGCCAACCUGCCCAACCUGAGCGACGUGCCCUCCUGCGUGAACACCUGCCUCGCGCUCGCCGCCGCCGCCGACGGCUGCCAGAGCUUCGUCGCCGUCGACUGCUUCUGUCCAAACCCGGCGAAGUACACCGCGGCGAUCCUGGAGUGCAUGCAGCAGUGCCCCGACGAGAUCGCCACCGCGGAGCGCGUCGCGCAGAGCCUGUGCGCCGCCGCCGCGUCCGCGACCUCGCUGUCCUUCCCGUCGUUCUCGCCGUCCCGCUCGCUGUCCGCGUCGUCCCGCUCGGGCGCCCCGCCGUCGUCGUCGGCAACGAGCGCCGCGCCGAGCACGAGUCCGAGUGCGAGUACCCGGCCGAGCGGGGCUGCGGGUGGUGGAGGGGCGGGGAUGGUGUUGAUGACGGCGCUGGCGGUGGUGGGCGUGGUACUGGGUGCCGGGGCGGGGCUCGUUGGGGGUUUGCUAUAGUGACGGCCGUGGGUCGGGCGGUGUCGAAGGAUGUCAGUGAUAUAGGCGGGCGUUGCUAG